AUGGAACAGGCGAGACUGCAUGAGAAGAGAACCAAUCAGAGCCAAUCUUUGACCGAGCUCCGGAAGACGGCAUUCAAGAGACGAUGUCUAAAAAGCGACAACAUGUCCACAGCCGGGAGAAAAGAAGGAGACUUGUGGGCACACUUCACGUUUGACGACGAACAAAACAAAACAAAGUGUAAAGCAUGCGGAACGGUCAUUAGUGGCAAGAACACAACCAAUUUGAAAAGACAUUUACAGACGAGCCACCCGGACAUUUUCUCAAAGCUACAGAAGUCUCCUGAUGAAGGUGGUGAACCAAGCGCAAAAAAGGCAAAAAUAUCCAAUCAAAACAUUGCAGAAGCACUGUUAGGUACUACAAAGUACAACAGCAAUGCCAGAGAACAGCAAGUAAAAGAGGAGGCUAUAGCAAAAUGGAUCGGACGUUCAGGGUUACCACUCACUACAGUAGAAGAUGAGGAUUUUAUUCUCAUGAAAGAAACAUUUGAUAAGAAGCUGACAGUGCCAAAGAAAACAAAGAUAAGUAAUUUGAUUGAAAAACAAUAUGACGAAGAAAAGACAAAGUUUAAGAAACGACUGUGUGGUGCUCGUAAAGUGUCAAUUGGAAUUGACCUAUGGACUAAAAAGGGACUGUCUGCAUCAUUCCUUGGCAUAAGUUGUUGCUUUUUUUGUGUUGAUCAAAACAAUCCAGAACACAUCCUGCUUGCUCUUGAACAAGUUGCCCAUCCACACACUGCCCAGUCCAUUAAGGCCUGCGUGGAUAAGUGCAUGCAGGAAUGGGGCAUUUCAAAUGACAAAAUUGUGACUGUAAUAACGGACAAUGGUAGCAAUAUGGUAGCAGCAUUUAAACACAGUACUCAAGAAGAAGAAGAGGCUAGCUCAGAUGAUGAAGAGGAGUCCCCCCGAGGUGAAAGUGAUUCAGAGGAGGAGAUUGAAGACCAUCGCUAUCAAAACAUGGAGAUGGAUAUAGAACGGAUGCCAUGUGUGGUUCACACGCUGCAGCUUGUGGUCCACAUGCUAAACAAGGAGGCAAGUGUGAAGCGACUCCUUGACAAAGCACGAUCAAUUGUGAAGCUCUUUCGCAAGUCAUCUGUUGCUACACAGAAGAUUUUGGAUAAGUGUGGCCUAAUUGUUGUGAAUGAUUGUCCCACGCGCUGGUCAAGUACAUAUUACAUGAUUACACGACUCCUCAAAGUUAAAGAUCCUCUUUGCGAAAUAGCGAAUGAGAUGGGGUGGGACAACUUACUCUCUAGUGAGUGGCAGAAGCUCAGCUCAUUGCAUGAACUCCUGUUGCCUUUUGCCGAACACACACAGACUCUUCAGAGUGACACGAUGUCUAUGUCACUGAUCGUCCCUGCCCUCUUAGAUUUACAUAGCCACCUUACUGAUUUUGAAGAAAACACAAAUCAUCGGGAUUUUGCCACUCUAGCGCGAAAAAUGAAAGUCAAUUUGAACCAGCGCUUUGCCUGGGCAUUAGAUCCAUCAGAUGAAAAGUUCUCUCCACUUGUUGCUGCUGCUUUCUUUCUCAACCCUACUGUAUCUGAUACUCUCCUUGAUGUGGCUGAUGACAGUGUUCAGGAACUUUUUAAGCAGGCAGAGGGGUAUGUUGUCCAGUGCACUCAGAGUCAAGAGACUCACCCUGAUGAUGAUGUGGAGGUCGAGGAACUGAAUGGACCAGAGCCUGACCCUGGACCACCAUCAUCCUCCUCAAGGCAGCCAGUCUUCAGAUUUCUGUCCAAAUGCCGUGCAAAGCCUAAACCAAAGUCCUCCACAUGUAGCAUCAGGCAGCAACUAAGCAAGUACAAGGAGGAGCUCUCACAGCCCAUUACUUGUGAUUCAGGAAUCCAGUUUUGGCUUGGGAAAUGUGACACAUUUUAUCACAGCUUGAAACCAUUAGCAUUAGAUCUGUUAGCAAUGCCGGCCGCAAGCUUUUGCGGAGAGGGUUUUCAGUGUCACAGCUUAUUUUUAGACUCACAAACUGAAGGAGCAUUCCACAAUCAUUUCAUUGAGUCUGUUCGGCCUUUAAUUGAGUUGAUUGACUCUCUGAGGUUGAUCGGUCUUGAUGAAGAUAUUGGCCUACCAUCCAUUGCAGUGGUGGGAGACCAGAGUUCUGGAAAGAGCUCUGUUUUGGAGGCACUCUCUGGAGUAGCUCUACCUCGAGGAAGUGGUAUUGUCACUCGCUGUCCUCUUGAACUGAAAUUGCAGAAGGUAAAAAAUGCACCAUGGUCGGGGAUCAUUUCUUACAGUGGUCACAGAGAGACCUUUAAUGACCCAUUAAAAGUGGAUACACUUGUUAGAGAAGCUCAAAACAAGCUGGCUGGAAAUACGGUUGGAAUCUGUGAUGAACUCAUUACUUUGGAGAUUUCAUCUCCUGAUGUUUGUGACCUCACUAUGAUCGAUCUACCUGGUAUAACCCGUGUACCUGUGCAAGAUCAACCUGAGGAUAUUGGAGAUCAGAUCAAAUCUUUAAUACUGAAAUAUGCUGCAAAAAGUGAAACCAUCAUUUUAGUUGUUGUGCCCUGCAAUGUUGACAUAGCAACAACGGAAGCACUGAGAAUGGCACAAAAAGUAGACCCAGAGGGACUCAGAACUCUAGCAAUUCUCACAAAACCAGACCUCAUUGACAGAGGAGCUGAGAUUGAUGUUUUGAACAUUGUUCAGGGCAAAGUCAUUCCUCUCAGCAAGGGUUACAUUAUUGUGCGAUGUCGUGGUCAGAGUGACAUCAAUGACAGAAUUCCUUUUGAUAAAGCCAUGGAGGCUGAACUGACAUUCUUUAGGGACCAUCAUUAUUUUAGCUCACUACUGGAUGAGAAUAAAGCAUCUAUUCAAUGCUUGGCAGGCAAGCUGACCAAAGAACUGGCUGAUCAUAUUAAGAAAUCACUUCCAUCCUUGACUGAGCAGAUUCAGACUAGGCUACUUAGUGUGCAACGACACCUUAAAUACUAUGAGCAGGGUCCACCUCUGGAAGAAAAGAUGAUGGGACCCUUUCUCAGUGAGAUUAUAUUGGAGUUCAGUGAUCAAAUAAAUGAAUUGAGUAGAACAGGACACUCAAAAGACAAAAACAUUUAUAUAACCCUACGUCCUGUAUUUAAGAAAUGGGACAGCCACCUGAGAAGCACUGAAGUAUCAUUCAAAUCAAGAGUGACCGAAAUGAUAGAAAUGUACAACGAGAUCCAUCGUGGAAGAGAACUUCUAACAUUCAGUGAGUUCUGUGAAUACGAAUGUGUUAUCCAAAACCAUGUGGCAGCCCUUCAAGAGCCAGCUAUGGCAACACUGAAAGAUGUACGAGAGAUUGUUCAGAAUAAGUUCAGGGAGGUAUGUCAUUUGUCUUUUGACCAGUACCCUCCAAUGAGAUACAUUGUCUCUAACAUGAUCAGUGACAUUCAGACAAAACAAGAGGCCAAAGCAGAGAAAAGAAUUAAAGAGUUCAUUCAUAUGGAGAAACUGGUCUUUACACAGGACAAGGUAUUACAACAGAAACUCGAUGACUCUGACAUCCCUCAGAAGACUGGGAUAGAAACAAGUGACAAGAAUCACUAUGAUGAUGACACAAUAUUUAAUUCCAAAGGCUGUGCAUUGUUGGAUACAAGAAAUCUUGUACCCGAGAAACUGGUUCUCUAUUAUGAGAUUGUCUAUCAGCGCCUCACAGACUAUGUGCCCAUGCUUAUAAUCCUCUUCAUGCUGAAGGAUGCAGCUAAGACAUUGCGACAUCAAAUGCUGGAAAUGAGGAAUGGGGCAGAUGUGGUCAAACUGCUGAGUGAAGACUCAGAGCGAGGACGUGCGAGAGCUGAUUUAAAGCAGCGUCUAGAACGCCUCACACAAGCUCAAGACCUGAUAAGCAACAGACUCUGAGACAGAGAAAAUCUGUCAGAAAAUGAUCAGCUACAGAUUGUCAGACCGCUUUCUAAUAAAGUAUGGAUUUAGCAACAGGGAUUAAUAAAUAAAUAAAUGUUUAAAUUUCACAAAAUUAGUAAAUAACCAAAUUUACAAAUUAAGAUUAUUAUUCUUAUUAUUAACUGUAUGAAUGUUGAGCAUUGAUUUUUUUUCUUACAAAAAGUCACUUAUGAUGAAACCCAUGUACACCAAUGAGUUCUAUAAAAACAUAAUAAAACUGGAUGUUACC